UGGCCAGCAGCAACGAUUCAACCCACCUCGAAUAUGCACUAGCGUUUAUCCAAGCACUGGUGAAUCUAACCGCACCGCGUUUCGAUACGUUAGCAUCGUUCGCAGCAACGGAGGACUUCCGUUUGGCAAAUGUUCAUAUACCGUCGUUGCUAGCCGAUGUGCAUCCGAAUCAUGAAGUUGUAUUGUAUAGUUUUAAUCGACCUCAGUAUAAUUUAGUGAGCAAACAGAUAAUGACAGAACGAGGCAUCUGUUACACAGUGAAUAGUGCAUUGAUGGAAAUUCAGGUUAACACCACCAAAAGUGAUAAUUUCAACGCAAGGAACCCGAUUAAAUGUUCUUUCAAUAAGUACCAAUGCUUUAUGAAAAUCGACAGCUACGACUCCUCGUUUUCGUAUGCAAUACAUUCUCCGUAUGAACUGACAACAAGUGAAACGAUAUUUCCGGUUGUGGGAAAUUUAGAUGGAUAUGUGGUAUCACAUAUAGUACAAGAAACGAUCGCAAAUGCCAAAUUACGAGAUUUAUCAAUUAAGCAACGAAACUGUAUAUUCUUCGACGAAGAAAUUGAAGGAAAUAAGUUUCAGAGCUACAAUAUAUGUGUGAUGCGUUGCCGAGCUAUCAGAUCUUACGACAGAUGUCGUUGUGUGCCUCACUUCUACCCCUUUCUAAAUGAAGGUCCUACCUGCACAUUAAACGGUUUACUCUGCUUAUCAAAGCAUCCUGAUUGGUAUGAUAAAAAGUUUUGCUACUGUCUGAAACCAUGCACUGAAGUGGUUUACGUUGCAGUUCAAACAAGCAAAAGUCAAUGGACUAACACAGAAGGAAUACCCUUCAAGCCAAAAUCAUCUCUUCGGUGGGAAGUUUUACAGCCCAAAACACAGUUCCGUCGAGAUGUUCUGUUCGGCUUUGAGGAUCUUCUUGUAUCAUUUGGUGGAUGCAUUUCGCUGUUCAUGGGCCAAAAUCUUGUCACAAUAGCACAAUUAUUUCAGUUUCUCCUAGCGACACUACUGGAUACAAUACUAAAAACAUUUCAAAAUUAUUCAUAAAGAUAUUCAAUUACUUGUAAACUAUAAAAUCGUUUACUGGGCCAAGAAAAAUUAACACUGGUCGAUAAAAUGAAAAAAAGUGCAAGUGCCAAAAGCUCAAAAAAUGAAAGAUUUUAGCUAUUCAACCAUUCCAAUAAAUUGUGGUGCCCAUAGCCAUUACCAAAAUGCGUCAAAUUACGUGAGAGUGUCGUUAAGAAAUUGCUCACCGGGUUCGUCGCUUUGACGUUA